CGCCUCUCAACGCAUUACGGUUCCUCUUGAAGUUUUGACGAUUCUCACAUCCGUAUCUCACCAACUACUCCCCACGCCUCACUCUUCUCACGUCACAGAGAUCACAGUUUCUAUAUUCUCGGCCCUUGCGCUGCUCACAAACCCGGCUGUUGCGCCAGAGUUUUAUUUCCGAAGGCUUUGACGCCACAAGAGCACUUUCCCGUCUAUGCGAAGCACUGAAAUGGGAAAGGAUUACUAUUCUAUCCUCGGCGUUGACCGUAACGCUACAACAGAGGAGCUCAAAAAGGCGUAUCGCAAAAAUGCUAUGAAAUGGCAUCCAGAUAAAAACCCUGAGAACAAGGCUCAGGCAGAGAAGAAAUUCCAAGAACUCUCUGAGGCCUACCAGGUUUUGUCUGAUCCCAAAAAGAAAGAGGUAUACGACCGAUACGGUGAGGAUGGCCUUAAGUCUGGUAUGGAAGAAAUGCCUCAAGGGCGAGGUGGGGCGUCAUUUCAUUUUUCUGGUCCAGGAGGAUCAGGAGGUUUCCAAGCACCCGAAGAUUUGUUCCGGGAGCUCUUUGGCAAUAGCGGAUUUGGUGGUAUGGGUGGUAUGGGUGGUAUGGGUGGUAUGGGUGGCAUGGGAGGCAUGGGCGGUGGUACUAGUUUUUCUUCUUUCGGCCAGGGCGUCCGUCAAAUGCGGAAACAGCCGGACACCGAGGUCAACCUCAAUUUAUCGUUGGAGGAGCUUUACACUGGUGUAACGAAGAAGCUCAAGAUCACUCGCAAUGUCGCACGAGCGGAUGGUGGACUAGAUCGAGCGGCCAAGGUUCACGAAGUCAUCAUCAAACCGGGAUACAAGGCCGGCACAAAGAUUCGAUAUAAUGGUGCGGGGAGCGAAGCGCCGGGGUAUGCACCAGGUGACGUUGUUUUCAUAAUCCAAGAGAAGCCUCACACACGAUAUAAGAGGGUUGGGAACAAUCUAGAAAUUUUGCACCGCAUCACGUUGGCAGAUGCUUUGGCGGGAAGUCAUAUUACCAUCCCCGGUAUAGAGGGUCGAUCUUACCGCUUAGACUGCUCAGAAGUUCUUACCCCGAAAACGGUCAAGACUAUUUCAAACGCAGGAAUGCCGAUCUCCAAGCGGCCCGGUGAACGUGGCGACCUCGUCAUUAGGUUUGACAUUGUCUUCCCCUCCUAUCUUCAUCAAGAAAAGCGUGAGCGUCUUCGCGAGCUGUUGUCGUAAGCGUCUGAGCGAAGACGUCGGAUCACUCUAGCUGUGAAUAUGACCGUAUAAAUAACUUUUAGC